UGUCAUUGUUAUUGUUAUUAGCAACAAUAUAUAGUAGUAGCAUGUGAACUUGUUUUCUGUAUUCACAAAAAACAAACAACGCUACUGAACUUGCUUUCUACUUUCACUUCACCAAUCCGAAAAAGAGACACCAUUUUCCUUCUUUUCAGAGUGAUUGCGGCUCAUUUCUAUUAUUCAAACUUUUGGGCUGUAGAUUACAACUUUUGUUUAAAUACUCAAGCGACCUGCUUAGUUAUCAGUAAACUAUGGGUCAUGCCCAAAUACUCCUUCGAGAGGGGGCAACAUGCUUGUCUUUGUUUGCUCUUGACAAUGCCCUAGUUCUCUCGUUAGGUGAACUCAAAGCCUGCUAAUGCAUGUACGCGUUAGAGAAGGGUGUGGAAACACUGAUUCUGAUUUCUGGUGGAGCUUGACUUGUGCAUCUACUUUGCUGUCUUUUAUAACAGAAAAUAUGGGCUUAGUAUGCAGCAGAAAUCGCCGUCAUCGUGACUCUGAUACUGAAGAAAAUGCACAGGCAGCAGAAAUUGAAAGAAGAAUAGAGUCAGAAACAAAGGCUGAAAAACACAUUCAGAAACUUCUACUACUAGGUGCAGGAGAGUCGGGGAAGUCUACAAUCUUUAAGCAGAUAAAACUUCUGUUUCAAACUGGCUUUGACGAGGCUGAGCUAAGAAGCUACACACCAGUCAUUUAUGCUAAUGUGUAUCAGACUAUAAAAGUACUGCAUGAUGGGUCAAAGGAGUUGGCUCAGAAUGAUCUUAAUUCUUCAAAGUUUGCUAUAUCCGAUGAAAACAAGGACAUUGGUGAAAAACUUUCAGAAAUUGGAGGCAGGGUGGAUUACCCACAUCUCACCCAGGAUCUUGCAAAGGAAAUAGAGACUCUCUGGGAGGAUGCUGCCAUUCAGGAAACAUAUGCCCGCGGUAAUGAACUCCAAGUUCCUGAUUGUACUAAAUAUUUCAUGGAAAAUUUGCAGAGGCUAUCAGAUGUGGAUUACGUUCCUACAAAGGAGGAUGUUCUGUAUGCAAGAGUUCGUACAACCGGUGUUGUGGAGAUUCAAUUCAGUCCUGUUGGAGAAAAUAAGAGAAGUGGUGAAGUCUAUAGACUCUUUGAUGUCGGUGGCCAGAGAAAUGAGAGGCGAAAAUGGAUCCAUCUUUUUGAAGGAGUCACAGCUGUAAUAUUCUGUGCUGCAAUUAGCGAGUAUGAUCAAACACUUUUUGAGGAUGAAAACAAGAACAGAAUGAUUGAAACUAAGGAACUUUUUGAAUGGAUCCUGAAGCAACCAUGUUUUGAGAAAACAUCCUUCAUGUUAUUUUUAAACAAGUUUGACAUAUUCGAGAAGAAGAUCUUGAAGGUCCCACUCAAUGUAUGCGAAUGGUUCAAAGAUUAUCAGCCAGUUUCAACAGGGAAACAAGAGAUUGAACAUGCAUAUGAGUUUGUGAAGAAAAAGUUUGAGGAACUAUACUUCCAGAGCUCUGCUCCUGACCGUGUAGAUCGAGUCUUCAAGAUCUAUCGAACCACUGCCCUUGAUCAGAAGGUUGUGAAGAAGACUUUCAAGCUUGUUGACGAGACGUUGAGGCGGAGGAAUCUCUUUGAAGCUGGCUUAUUAUGACCAUGCAACAGUGUGCAUAAGAGGGAUAAAACAUUUUUUACAUUGAAGAGGUAACCAGAUUUUGGGUAUACUAGAUGUCGGGUAUACAACGGUAUAUAAUCGAUUUAUUGAUUUUAUGUCAAGUAAAUCCUGUUGAAUGAGUAGAUAGGGAAAGGCCUUUCUGAAUACUUCUGAUAUUAUGACCUGUAAUGCACUUUCUAAUUUCACUAAUUAUAUUUUUCAUAUCUAAUGUUGAUUCAAGUUCACUAAUAUAUAUUUCA